AUUUAUAGCUAUGCAAUCACAAUGGAUCGAUCUGUAUUGCUAGUUAGGACAUCAGCUAAGCAUAGUAAAAUAAGUUUGCCUCGCUGAAAGUUGUUCUGAAUUUCGAUUCAUUUGUGAUAAGUGCUUAUAAUUUGAAAGUCACAAAAAUCACUUACAAGUAAACCUUUAAGAAGCUGAACUCUAUAUCAAUGAAAAGAUGUAGAAAUAUUAAGAAUUAGAAAAUUACUUAUCUUAAUUGUGUAAUUCUCUGACACAGACUAUUUAACAAUUAUAGACCGUUAUUAAAGCAUAACAUUCUCUAGAUCUCAAUCUUUCGCAAAGUACUUAAAAACACUAAUUAAUUGAUAACAUUAUAAAAUUUGAUAAGAAAUCUGACCAGAUUAACCUGAAAAUACAAAAUAUUAGUGAUACAUACAUUGAAGAAAUAAAAAAGUUGAUUGAAUUGGUAAAUAGUAAAAAUUAAAAUAAUAACUAUUUAUAACCUGGAGGAGAAAAAUUAUCGAUUGAUUAUUAUAUUUAAACAGGUUUAAUAAGUAAUUGAAAUUUUAGCUGACUUAUUAAAAAAAUAGGAAAAGUAUAUUGAAUCGAUUGUUUUUUAUAAGUAAGCUACAGAUAUAGACCAAAAAAACCUUAUUUGUUGGAGAAGCUUAGGUGAUUGCCACAGAUUGAUAAAAGAAUUCUUAGAUGCCAUUCCAUAUUAUGACAAAGCGUUGAAAAUUGAGUAAAAUGAUAUCCCAUCAUUAAUUGGGAAAGGUAAGAUAAUCAUAACAUUUCUAGGUGAAUGUCUAAGAAUGCUUUAGGAUUAUUUAGAAUCAAAACUUUUAUAUGAGUAGGUGUUGUAAAUGGAUGAAAAAAAUUUAGUAUCUCGUGUAGGAUUAGGUUUUAUGAAAUUAUAUUUUAGGUGAAUGUUUAAGGCAUCAAGGGUCAUUUUUAGAAGCUAUUUAAUAAUAUGAUUUAGCAUUGGAGAUAGAUUAGAAAAAUAUAGAUUCCUUAUUUGGAAAAGGUAUUUUUUUAAAAAAUCAUAGGGUAUUGCUUAAGUAGAAUAAAUUCGUUUUCAGAAGCUGAUGGCUGUUACGUUUAAGUUCUUAAAAUCAAUCCAAAUCAUAAAUAAUCUAGAAUAGAACAUGGUUAAAAUAGUUUAUUAAAUUUUAGAUAUAUGCAUAAAUGAGUUGAAUAAAAAGAAAAAGUCUAGGUAAUCUGUGUUUAUUCCAAACCAAUAUGAACCAUCCUAAGAUAUCAUUCAAACAGAGGAUCUUUCAAAUAGAGGUAAGAAAACAUUUUAUAAAUUAGGACCUCAGAAAAUCUACCAUAUUUACAAACCAAGGGGGUAAUGUGAAAAAAGCGAACCCGAUUUUGGUAAAUCAUUUUAAGUGUUGCCAGAUAAUUAAUAAAAACCCAACUUAAUUCGUUCUGAAUCUUUCGAUAGAAAAGAAGUUCUACGUUGGUGUAGUGAUGGUAAUUGACAUUAAUUAUCCAUAGCUGAUGAUUUAAAAAAAAAUGGAAAAUAUGAAGAGGCUUUAAAAUUGUAUGAGAAAGCUCUUGAAAAAUACCCAAAUGAUAUUCCAUCAUUAAAUGGUAAAGCAAAUUGUUUAAGAUUAUUGCUUAAAUUUCCAGAAUCACUUGAAACUUUGGAAAGAGCUUUAGACCUGAAUAGAAAUUGCAUAUCGCUAAUGGAAAAGGUCUCUUAAUUAAUAUUUUUAUAGGAGAAUGCUUAAGAAUGUUAAAAUAUUUCAAAGAAGCAGAUGAAUUAUAUAAAGAAUCGUUGGAUAAAGCUAAGCGAGAAUCUUAAAGAGAUGACCCUAUUAUCUUUAUGAAUCAAAGAGGAAGAGGUUAAUAUAUUAGACUAAAUUAAAUUAGGGGACAUUUUAANCUUAUUAAAAAAAUAGGAAAAGUAUAUUGAAUCGAUUGUUUUUUAUAAGUAAGCUACAGAUAUAGACCAAAAAAACCUUAUUUGUUGGAGAAGCUUAGGUGAUUGCCACAGAUUGAUAAAAGAAUUCUUAGAUGCCAUUCCAUAUUAUGACAAAGCGUUGAAAAUUGAGUAAAAUGAUAUCCCAUCAUUAAUUGGGAAAGGUAAGAUAAUCAUAACAUUUCUAGGUGAAUGUCUAAGAAUGCUUUAGGAUUAUUUAGAAUCAAAACUUUUAUAUGAGUAGGUGUUGUAAAUGGAUGAAAAAAAUUUAGUAUCUCGUGUAGGAUUAGGUUUUAUGAAAUUAUAUUUUAGGUGAAUGUUUAAGGCAUCAAGGGUCAUUUUUAGAAGCUAUUUAAUAAUAUGAUUUAGCAUUGGAGAUAGAUUAGAAAAAUAUAGAUUCCUUAUUUGGAAAAGGUAUUUUUUUAAAAAAUCAUAGGGUAUUGCUUAAGUAGAAUAAAUUCGUUUUCAGAAGCUGAUGGCUGUUACGUUUAAGUUCUUAAAAUCAAUCCAAAUCAUAAAUAAUCUAGAAUAGAACAUGGUUAAAAUAGUUUAUUAAAUUUUAGAUAUAUGCAUAAAUGAGUUGAAUAAAAAGAAAAAGUCUAGGUAAUCUGUGUUUAUUCCAAACCAAUAUGAACCAUCCUAAGAUAUCAUUCAAACAGAGGAUCUUUCAAAUAGAGGUAAGAAAACAUUUUAUAAAUUAGGACCUCAGAAAAUCUACCAUAUUUACAAACCAAGGGGGUAAUGUGAAAAAAGCGAACCCGAUUUUGGUAAAUCAUUUUAAGUGUUGCCAGAUAAUUAAUAAAAACCCAACUUAAUUCGUUCUGAAUCUUUCGAUAGAAAAGAAGUUCUACGUUGGUGUAGUGAUGGUAAUUGACAUUAAUUAUCCAUAGCUGAUGAUUUAAAAAAAAAUGGAAAAUAUGAAGAGGCUUUAAAAUUGUAUGAGAAAGCUCUUGAAAAAUACCCAAAUGAUAUUCCAUCAUUAAAUGGUAAAGCAAAUUGUUUAAGAUUAUUGCUUAAAUUUCCAGAAUCACUUGAAACUUUGGAAAGAGCUUUAGACCUGAAUAGAAAUUGCAUAUCGCUAAUGGAAAAGGUCUCUUAAUUAAUAUUUUUAUAGGAGAAUGCUUAAGAAUGUUAAAAUAUUUCAAAGAAGCAGAUGAAUUAUAUAAAGAAUCGUUGGAUAAAGCUAAGCGAGAAUCUUAAAGAGAUGACCCUAUUAUCUUUAUGAAUCAAAGAGGAAGAGGUUAAUAUAUUAGACUAAAUUAAAUUAGGGGACAUUUUAAGAGCAUAAGGUGAAUAUGAAAAAUCAAUAGAAUUUUAUGAUUAAGCCUUAGAGCUGAAGGAAAACCACUUCUUAUCUUUAUUUGGAAAAGGCUUAUUUUUUAUUUAUUCUUUAGCUGAAAGUCUAAGAUGCUUAGGAAGAUAUGAUGAAUCAAUUGAUUAUUAUAAUAAAUCGUUAGUCUUAAAUGAAAAAGAUUAAAUGUCGUUAACAGGAUUAGGUAAAUAUUUUAUUGAAACUUUAGGAGAAAGCCUACGAUUUUUAAAGAAAUAUAAAGAGGCUUAAGAUUGUUAUGAAAAAGCACUUAAGAUUGAUAAGAGUCGAAUUGUUUGUCUCAGAGGAUUAUGUAAGUCUAAACUUUUAUUUUAGGUAAUUGUUUAAGAAAAUAACUCUAACCAAAAGAAGCUCUAGAAGUGAUCACACGGGCUUUAACAUUAUAUCCAACAGAUGAAAAUAGCUUAAAUUUAAAAGGUGAUUUGUUUUAAGAUUAUUUGUUAGAAAUAUGUUUAAAAGAGAUAGAGAGGAAAGAAAAAGCUCUAAAAUAAAGAAAUAAUUAAUGA